AUGUCAGGAUUUCCUGGUCACCCAGAGACUCUACCAAAAUGGUGGAAAGAAGCUACUAUUUACCAAAUAUAUCCAGCCAGUUUCAAGGAUUCCAACAAUGACGGCUGGGGUGAUAUGAAUGGUAUUGCUUCCAAACUGGAAUACAUCAAAGAUCUCGGCGCUAAUGCCAUCUGGUUGUCGCCAUUUUACGACUUUCCACAGGAUGAUAUGGGAUAUGAUAUCUCCAACUACAAGAAAGUGUGGCCUACUUAUGGCAGCAAUGAGGACUGCUUUAACUUGAUCGACAAGACUCACGAAUUGGGUAUGAAAUUUAUCACCGAUUUGGUCAUCAACCAUUGCUCGAGUGAACAUGCAUGGUUCAAAGAAUCAAGAUCUUCGAAGACUAAUGCUAAACGAGAUUGGUUUUUCUGGAGACCACCAAAGGUGUUUGACAAAGAGGGCAAACCAAUUCCACCGAACAAUUGGAAGUCAUAUUUUGGCGGUUCAGCUUGGACUUUUGACGAGCACACUCAGGAGUUUUAUCUGCGUUUAUUUGCUGAAACCCAACCAGAUUUGAAUUGGGAAAAUGACGAGUGUAGGCAUGCCAUUUACGAAGAUUCAGUCGGUUUCUGGCUAGACCAUGGUGUUGACGGUUUCAGAAUUGACGCAGGUGGUCUUUACUCCAAGACUAAAGGUUUGCCAGAUGCACCUAUCACAAUUCCUGACUCAAAAUGGCAGCUAUGUGAGAUUUAUCACAGGAACGGACCAAGGAUCCACGAGUGGCACCAAGAGAUGAAUCAAUUUAUGAAGAACAGAGUUAAAGAUGGCAGGGAAAUUGUUACGGUAGGUGAAAUGGCUUAUUCCACUGAUGAAGACAAGAGAUUGUUUACUAGUGCUGCGAGAAACGAAAUGUCACAACUAUUCCAGUUUUCUCAUAUUGACUACGGACUGGAUCCGCUGUUCCGUUACAAUCUGGCUCCAACCGAACUGAAGUAUUGGAAAUUGGCUAUCCAGGAAAGCUUCAAUUUCAUCAAUGGUAAUGAUGCCUGGUCCACAAUCUACAUGGAAACCCACGACCAAGCUCGGUCCAUCAGCAGAUUCUGUGAUGACUCUCCAAAGUACCGUGUCAUUAGCAGUAAGCUACUCUCAGUCCUAUUGACGUCACUAACCGGUACACUUUAUGUUUAUCAGGGUCAGGAAUUGGGUCAAAUCAACUUCAAAGACUGGCCUAUUGACAAAUACGAGGACGUUGAAUUCAGGAACAAUUAUAAUGCUAUCAAAGAGGAGCACGGUGUUGAAUCUAAGCAGAUGAAGAAAUAUUUAGAUGCUGUUGCCGUCAUGUCCAGAGAUCAUGCGAGAACUCCAAUGCCAUGGACCCAUGACGAACCAAACGCCGGCUUCUGCGGAUGUAGCAUUAAGCCAUGGUUCUCGUUGAACGAGUCGUUUAGAGACGGUAUUGACGUCGAGGACGAGAUCAAAGAUCCAAAGUCUGUUUUGAAUUUCUGGAGAAAGGCUCUCACGUUCAGGAACACUCAUAAAGAUCUUGCAGUUUAUGGUUAUGACUUUGAGUUUGUCGACCUGGACAAUAGAAAGCUAUUUAGCUUUACCAAGAAGUAUUCCCACAAGACCUUGUUUGCCGCUUUGAAUUUCAGUUCUGAUGAGAUUUCUUUCGAAAUUCCAAAUGAUAAUUUAACUUACUCACUAGCCUUUGGCAACUAUUCUGAAGAGAAGGUUGACCCAUACCUCAGAUCUUUGAAGCCUUGGGAAGGGAGGAUUUACAUCCACGAAAACUUUUCUCUCUUGGAUCUUUGA